AUGUGGACGUCACUCUGCUCUGACCAUGUGGACGUCACUCUCUGCUCUGACCAUGUGGACGUCACUCUCUGCUCUGACCAUGUGGACGUCACUCUCUGCUCUGACCAUGUGGACGUCACUCUCUGCUCUGACCAUGUGGACGUCACUCUCUGCUCUGACCAUGUGGACGUCACUCUCUGCUCUGACCAUGUGGACGUCACUCUCUGCUCUGACCAUGUGGACGUCACUCUCUGCUCUGACCAUGUGGACGUCACUCUCUGCUCUGACCAUGUGGACGUCACUCUCUGCUCUGACCAUGUGGACGUCACUCUCUGCUCUGACCAUGUGGACGUCACUCUCUGCUCUGACCAUGUGAACGUCACUCUCUGCUCUGACCAUGUGGACGUCACUCGCAGCUCUGACCAUGUGGACGUCACUCUCUGCUCUGACCAUGUGGACGUCACUCUGCUCUGA